AUGGCCUACAAAGGCAAAAAGAAACUCCCACCAUCAUGCCUCCUCCCGGUUCCCAAACCCUGCUCCCGGUUCCCAAACCCUGCUCCCGGUUCCCAAACCCUGCUCCCGGUUCCCAAAACCCCUGCUCCCGAUUCCCAAACCCCUCCCGGUUCCCCAACCCUGCUCCCGAUUCCCAAACCCCGCUCCCGGUUCCCCAACCCUGCUCCCGGUUCCCCAACCCUGCUCCCGGUUCCCAACCCUGCUCCCUGUAACUAUCCCGGUUUCCCGAUUCCCAAACCCCGCUCCCGGUUCCCCAACCCCGCUCCCGGUUCCCAAACCCCGCUCCCGGUUCCCAAACCCUGCUCCCGAUUCCCAAACCCUGCUCCCGAUUCCCAAACCCUGCUCCCGAUUCCCAAACCCUGCUCCCGGUUCCCCAACCCUGCUCCCCGGUCCCCCAACCCUGCUCCCGGUUCCCCAACCCUGCUCCCGGUUCCCCAACCCUGCUCCCGAUUCCCAAACCCCGCUCCCGGUUCCCCAACCCUGCUCCCGGUUCCCCAACCCUGCUCCCGGUUCCCCAACCCUGCUCCCGAUUCCCAAACCCUGCUCCCGAUUCCCAAACCCCUGACCGGUUCCCCAACCCCGCUCCCGAUUCCCAAACCCCGCUCCCGGUUCCCCAACCCCGCCUCCCGGUUCCCCAACCCCGCUCCCGGUUCCCAAACCCCGCUCCCGGUUCCCAAACCCCGCUCCCUACCUGUAACUAUUUUAGAUGCCUAA